AUGCCUCAAUCUUUAUCCCAACCAGCGCCGCAGAUUCAGGAACCCCAAUCAUUCGUCAUUGGCUUCCUUCCCUGGUUUUGUCUAUCUAUCUCAUCUAUCUUCAUCCUUAUCCUACUCCGAAAACACAUCGCGGGCCUGUGUCGGAAUCUAUGGUCAUACCUACCGUGCAGCCUCAGGAUCAGUGUUGAGAACUUCAGUUUUGGCCAAAACUGUCGGAGAAAGGGAGUGUAUAUGAAAAUUGAUGAGAGUGGCGAGAUCGGAAACGAUGAUUGUUUUGUCAAUACUGGUAACGACGAAGAUAUAUCACAUAAUUGGCAAGCGAGAAUAAAUUAUCAUGGCUACGAGACGCCCAGCGAGACCGAAACCGACGAUUUAGAGCUCGACAGCAACAAUACCCUUAACCUCACCCUCACAAAGUACUUCAACCCUACAACAUCCCUGGUCUUCCAACACAUUCUCGAACCGCCGUCCCCAGUUACGUCUUUCUUCCCACGUCCAUUGAAGUUGACAUCGCGAAAAUCUUAUCAACGCGAAGAAAGCACCAAUGCUCGCAACGCUCGACCCCUCACGCCCAUUGACCACAAGAAUGCCAACACGGAGGGGGCCAUGGACGCACCUACAGGAUGGGUGCAUAAUAUCAUCGAAACAGCAGUGAGGAGGCUCGAGAGAUUACACACCGCAGAAUACAGCCACAGCAGGACUAGUCCAUAA